UUUUGAGAAACGCCCAAUCACACUACACAUGGGUCGCGCGGGUACGGUGUGGUCGCAAAGCGCGUUCCGGUGCCGCGUACCCGAACCGAUCGAACCGUGCAGUGCAGCCGCGUCCGCGCCGACAAGUUGGGUCACGGCCACCUCUGCGCCUGAGCUUCCGCCCGCCCUGCCAACCAUACACGCGCCGGAAACAACGCACGUAACCGCCGAGAAGCCGAGGUCCGAACCGCAAACGCCGCCCACCACCGGCCGGCAUCCGCCAGGUGCGGCCGUUUAUAUACUCGCACCACCACCGCCCUUUGCACGUCUCCACUACAUCCCAUCCCCACCACCGCCACCUCGUCACAGCCGCUUCAACACACCACACCGCACGCGAACCGCACCGGCCGCCGCGCGCUACGACCACCACCAGUCCACGGCCAUGGCCGCCGCGCGCUACGACGUGGAGAAGGGCGGGAGGAACGGGGAGGGGAAGCAGCGCUACUCGCCGCAGGCGGAGCACCUGUACCCGCCGCAGCGGGAUGGGGAGAGGGAGUGGGUGCCGUGGUUCGUGCCGCUCGUCGCGGCCGUCAACAUCGUGCUGUUCGCCGUGGCGAUGUACGUCAACAACUGCCCCGCCCACGCCUCUCGCCGCGGCGGCGGCGGCGCCGGCGCCUGCGUCGCCCGCGGGUUCCUCCACCGCUUCUCCUUCCAGCCGCUCAGCGAGAACCCGCUCCUCGGCCCCUCGUCGGCCACGCUGCAGAAGCUGGGGGCACUUGUAUGGGACAAAGUCGUGCAGGAGCACCAGGGAUGGAGGCUCGUCACCUGCAUCUGGCUGCACGCCGGUGUUGCCCACCUUCUAGCCAACAUGGUCAGCCUCGUGCUCAUCGGACUCAGGCUCGAGCAACAGUUUGGAUACGUGAGAAUUGGCAUCAUCUACCUUGUUUCUGGCGUCGGAGGCAGCGUGCUGUCAUCGCUCUUCGUCAGGAACACCAUCUCCGUCGGCGCUUCUGGAGCUCUGUUCGGACUCCUUGGCGCCAUGCUGUCGGAGCUCUUCACCAACUGGACCAUUUACUCAAACAAGGCCGCAGCCCUGGUAACGCUGCUGAUCGUCAUCGCCAUCAACCUCGCCAUCGGCAUCCUCCCGCACGUCGACAACUUCGCGCACAUCGGAGGGUUCCUCACCGGCUUCCUCCUGGGGUUCGUCUUCCUGAUGCGCCCGCACUACGGGUGGAUGCAGCGCUACGUCCUGCCCUCCGACGUCAAGUACACCAGCAAGAAGUACCUGGCCUAUCAGUGGGCUCUGCUGGCCGUGGCUUCGGUCCUCGCUGUCGUCGGGUUCGCCGUUGGGCUGGGGAUGCUUUUCAGAGGAGUGAACGCGAAUGAUCACUGUGGGUGGUGCCACUACCUCAGCUGCGUUCCGACCUCGAGAUGGAGCUGUGGGAAGUGAAGAUUGGCGUGCGGACACAACGGACUGAAGCCAGGAGAGGAGAGAGCCCAUGGCCCAUGGGUCCUUUUCGGGCAAGCAUUUCCAUGAAUAGAAAGAUAGCUAUACAGCUCGGACAGUCUUACUGUACAUAAUGCCAUGACUCCCGGGGUUCACAUAUGACAUAUUAAUUAUUAUGUUUUAUUUGAUUGGUCGAUGAUUCAUUCUAUUUAUUCAGUGAGUUAAAAUUGAAAUGCCUUCAAUCUUUCACCUGUCUGUCAGCUAUAUAUUUGCAAACUAGCUUGCAGUUG